CAGCUGCACGUGCCGACGGACAAUUCCGUCGAUUCCAAAGUUCUGGCCGUUUUCCUUCUGCAUGAAGGUGUCCUCUUUCCCCGGUGGCUGUCGAUUCUCAUUCUCCCCUCUGGCCUGUUCUCUUCUCUCCCUGAGGCCGAUGAGGGUUUCGUCUCCAUUUUGAUCGAAGAUUAGGGGUUAGGAUUUUUUGGUGUUCUGAUAGUUCGAUUUGGAGGAGACAAGAUGUUGGAUAUCCAGAAGCGGAGGGUCCAGUUGUUUCUCUUCGUCACGGGCCUAAUCGCUCUGAGCAUCACUGCUGAAAAAUGCAGACAACUGGUUGGGGAGGAGUCAUCAUCUAAGAGUGGGAAAUUCACGUUCUUAAAUUGCUUAGACAUGGGUUCUGGAAGUCUGGCAUGUGGUGUGAAAGAAGGUGUGAAGCUGUACGUCUACAAUAUGAGAGCUGCUCAUGUGGAAAAGGUCAGGCAGAAGGCCAUUGAGGAUGCCCUUAAUGAGGCACUCUCUGGGGGUCUAAGCGUCAAAGAAGCAACAAAGCAGGCACAGAAACAAGGGGCCAAAGCAGCAAAAUUGGCGACUCGCCAAGCGAAACGAAUCACAGGGCCAAUCAUUGCUUCUGGUUGGGACUUCUUUGAAGCAAUCUACUAUGGAGGCAGCAUGACUGAGGGAUUUCUUAGGGGCACUGGGACGCUGGUUGGGACUUAUGCCGGAGGCUUUCAAGGAGAGCAGAGACUUGGAAGACUGGGUUACCUUGUUGGCAGCCAUGUGGGUAGUUGGUUUGGGGGCAGAAUAGGGCUGAUGGUCUAUGAUGUAAUUAACGGAGUCAACUAUAUGUUGCAGUUCGUUGUGCCGGAGGACAAUGCUGGUUAUGAAGCAUCAUACGAUACGCCUACAGAUUCAGGAGCUUCUGAAGAAUCCUAUGACCUAUGACAUGAGGAUAUUGAACAUAUAUUAGUCAACUGCCGGUUUUUCUUUUUCCUUCUCACAGUAAAAUCACACAUUGAUAUGGACACACACUGUUUGUUUGACAGAAUAUAUUAUCUGAA